AUGGAAACUAUAUUAAAAGAAUAUUUAGUACAAAGACCUGAAUAUAAUUUCAAUGAAUUUAAUAUGCUACAGAAAAUUAGUAAAGGGGAAUUUGGGAUAGUAUUUAAGUCAGAAUGGAAUGCAGGAAAGUUAGUAGCUUUAAAAUGUUUGAAGCCUGAUAUCGAUUUAAAAUAUAAGAAGCAAUUUAUAAAAGAGUACUGUAAAGAAAGAUAUUAUGAUAAACCAAUCCAUUCAGCAGGACUUUUUACUGCUAGUGAAUAUGAGGUAUAUAAAAUAAUUAAAACACGAUUAAUAAAUUCAAAAACUGAAUUAUAA